UCAAAGUCAGUUGUGGAUGUUUUUGUGCAUGCGUGCGUUUUGUUUUGAACUGAUUUUCCCGGUUAAAGUUUUUCUGCAUUGAAAAUAAGUGAUAAUUUAGGCUUAAAAAGUGCAUAAAUAUGGAAAUUUACGAUGAUUAUUUGUUGAAGCACUAUGAAAGUGAUAUUGGAAGCAUGCUGGCCACGGAUGUGAGCGAUGGCCCCAUGAGGCUUCACUUGGACAUGUGCCAUCUGCAACGAGAGGUUCCGGAACUCUUUGAACGAAUUGUACAGGAUGCUUGGGAAGAGAGACGAAAGUGGAAUGCUAGUCUCCUCCGGGUGCAGGACAAAAUCCUGUCAAAUGAUGUUUUCUUGGUGGAUUCGGGUGAAUUGAGGGAUUCCUGCUAUGUGACUCUGUACAAUCUUCCUAUGUUACCAGACACUCACUUCUCGAGUGAGUAUCCAGAACAUUCGCAGAAGGGAAGACUCAUUCAGAUCAAAGGAAAUGUUAUCCGGCUAACAAAGAGCACAAUGAUUGAAUCCCAGAGACAAUAUGUUUGUUCAAAAUGCAAGAAAACAGUCUGGUGCCAGGCUGACUAUUCUAGGACAUUUACAUUUGCCCCACCAACCAGGUGCCCCGAUGCCAGGGGCCCAAAUAUGUGCAAAGGUGCAAUGCAACCUAAGAAGUCUGAGGGAGAGACUCUAAUUGAGUAUCAGGAGAUGAGAUUGCAACAAAUAUCCAGUGAAUCUCGUAUUCCGCGAACAAUUAUUGUCACUAUGGAGGGGGAUUUGGUGGAUUCUUGCGGAGUUGGGGAUUGUGUUGUAGUCUGUGGUGGCCUCCAGACACAGUCUGAAUGGACAAAGGAGCAUCAGAGAUGCACAGUACAACUCGUUUUAAGAGCUGUAAGUGUUUACAGUGAUCAACGGAAGUUGAGCAGGAACUUUGCAGAUGAAGCUAUGUAUGCUCAUUUGGCGUGGCAAGAGACUGUGGAGAGUGAAGGAGAGGCAAAGGCACGAGAGAGAAUUGUGUCCUCUUUCUCACCAAGAACCCGGGGAAUGCAAUGUAUAAAGUUGGCCCUAUGUAUUGUGCUCAGUAGUGGAGAUCGCACAAAUCCUAGAAGUGCAAACUCCCACAAAACUAGACAAAAUUCCCAUAUUCUUCUCAUUGGGGAUCCUGCUCUUUCCAAAUCUAAACUCAUAAUUUUUGCAUCGGAAAUUGCUGCAAGAUCCGUUUUUACAACGGGAGUAGGUUCGACUAGAGCAGGUUUAACAGCCGCUGCUAUCCGAGAGAAUAAUGAAUGGAUUCUAGAAGCAGGAGCAAUGGUUUUGUCUGAUAAUGGUGUAUGCGUUAUUGAUGAAUUUCACCAAUUGACAAACCAUGAUAAAGCUAGUAUCCAUGAGUGCCUUGAGCAACAGACACUUAGUAUAGCAAAGGCAGGAUUAGUCUGUACGCGACGUACUCGAUGUUCUGCUAUUGCAGCAAUGAAUCCCAAAGACCAUCCAAGAGGGCAGUCUGAAGAAGAACUCGAAGUUGAUUCAACUGGCCUCAGUAGUCCACUUCUGUCGAGAUUUGACUUAAUUUUUCGACUAAUGGAUGAAUACGAUCGAGAUUGGGAUGAAGUGAUCUCAACUCAUAUUCUAUCCCAAUUGGGAAAUAGCCAAGAAGUUGAUCCUGAAGAUGAUCAACUUUGGGAUAAAAGAAAACUUCAAGCUCAUUUUCUCAUGGUAAAAGAUAUUUCUCCGGUUAUGCUGGAGCCCACAAAGAGGGUUUUAAAGGAAUAUUAUAUGCGAUGCCGUCGAACUUAUCCAAAUGUCCUGAGAGGUAGGACAACUUAUCGUCUCCUGAAUAGUCUGGAGCGUUUAGCAAAGGCACAUGCUAAACUUAUGGCACGAACAGAAGUUACUUUAGUUGAUGCUACGGCGACAAUUUACCUGAUGGAAACUUCUUGGGGCUAUGGAGGAAUUUUGCCAACGAUAAACGUCAUGACGGAUGAAAUGCCUUAUCCAACAGAAGAAAUGAUUGAGCAAAUGCUUUAUUCUUUGUCUCUAACGAGAGAUGACAUUGGUGAUAAUGAUUCCCAACCUUCUGACCAAGUGGUAGAAAAUGGACACACCUCAGAAUCAAAUAAGAGAAGGCAUCCAGAAGAUGACUCUCCUCCGUCUCAAAGCUCGAAAAGGAUUCCUCCAGCUUCUGACUCUCCUCCUUCAAAUUCUCCUCAGUUGUUCUCUUUAACUUCCAACUUCAGACGUGAUUUCUUAGAAAACCCCUCACAGGACGACCAAGAAGAACUUGGAAGGUCUUUAGAUACCUCCUUUGUCAAUUUUUUGAGUGAUCAGGCUCUGAAUUUAGACUUGGAUGAUACAGAAGAUGUUCCACAAAAUCAUCAGGAGACAUCUGUACGAGCUCUUGAACAACCUGAUAAUUCAGGUGUGCAAGAGGAAAGAAUGGCAGUUGAAGUACCUAAUUUCUGCAGUAAUGAAGCAGGAGCAGAAAGUUCCAAUACUUCAAUGAAUUUAUGUCAACUAAAUCUUGAAGAAUUGCGGAGAGAUUUGCAAUGUCUCGAGCAAAAGGAGGAUGGUUCUAAUGGUGAAAGUUCUACCAGCACAAACUCACAUAGUAUCUUCAGAGAUCCCUUUAAAGAUUUCGACUACGAAAACCUCAAAUUGGAUUAGACGAUUUUCCAAAAUGGACCACCAUCACCCAGAAUCCAGAAAUAUAUUUUGGGAGAGGUCCUUGUCGAAGGGGAUUGCUGACUUUUUUGCGUUUUGAGGAAGGGACAAAAUCACACGAAAAUAUCACAUAAAAAAAUCGCAAAAACACAAAAAAA